AGAGGAGCGCUUGUAGGAAGAAGAAGGUCGCGCUGUGAAAAGUUAGCUACCCAUCACGGUUUCCGCACCCGGUACUCUCACCUAUAAGAUCCCAUAAUGACCGCUGUCGACUUAUACAAACACCGUGCUUAUCUAAGGACACAUUGGCUUAAAGUUGAGAGUUUAUUGACUCGGUGGGAACCGUGAGAGUUCAAUUGAAUGUCCGAAGAAAGAGAAUACAAUUGAGAUUGUGGAAUUCAAUAGCGUUUAUAAGAACACCGAUUCUCACCUUUACGAUCAUUUGUCGUCUGCUGGCGAUUUAAAAACACCAAUCAGAAUCAGUGUUAGCGUUUGGUUUAAAAUCACAGCCUCUAUCAAUUGAUGAUAAACUGUGUUUACCGAACAAGAAUUUCAUUUUAGAUUUUUUUUAAGGAAUCGCAAUACUUUCUGAAGUUGCGUGGAAAAGAGUUUUAGAACAUGAGUCUGCUUCAUGAGUUUCCCGAUUAUUCCCUUCAGCAUCUCGGUAAUCAUCGGCCGGACGGACGGGACCGAAUUUAUAACCAGCGACAGCCAUGGAUGUUGAACCCGCUGCCUGCAGAGUCGCCUACCAUGCCCCUACACCAACCAGAUUACCAUCAUCAUCACCUCCUACAUAGUCCCCUUCCUACGGCGCAUAGUUGUGUUUAUGAGGAAUCGAACGGCCCGAGGACUAUUCGCGCGCCGAGACGAGUGGCGGCGAAAAAGGAGCGUCGUCGAACGCAGAGUAUAAACUCGGCGUUUGCCGAGUUGCGCGAGUGCAUUCCGAACGUUCCCGCAGACACAAAACUUUCAAAAAUCAAAACAUUAAGACUGGCAAGCAGUUAUAUAGCAUAUCUUACAGAACUUUUAUACGAAGAUACGAACACGAAGUGCCAUUUGGACGUUGAUCUAGGUCAUAUUAGGGCAGAAUUCAAACGAAUGGAGGGGAAAGAAAGGCAAAAACAAAUACAAGAUAACAUGACGUCUAUUCGAGGGAAAAGUGAGAAAAGAGGACGCGGAAGAACAGGCUGGCCAGAGCAUGUUUGGGCGCUCGAACUAAGGCAGUAACAGUAGAGAAUUAUACCAGAAACAUUGGGUCUUUUAGACAAUUUCAGAAGAAGCGAUACAAGACAGUACCUGGUGCUCGACAUCUGGAAGAUGGACAACGAUUCUCUUGCGUUAAAAUUCUUAGAAAAAAAAACUCGUGCUACUUGGAAGUUGUCAAUACUGACGUGGAAUCAGUUUAUAAUUGAUCAUCACACCACCUGUUUUUUUUUUUUUAAUCAAUGUGUUCUUGCUUUAUUUUCAUAAUUAAGAUAAUUAUAAUGUUGCUCUCGUGUUUCGUUUUUACUUCAAACGUGCAAAUAAAUAAAUUCCCUUUAAAUUUUCCGGGGAAAAUGAUAUGCCUAAUGUAUUGUAACAAUCGCAAUAUAACUAUAGUAUAAUAAUAGUGUUCCUGUUGUCAAAAGUGCGGCGCAGUAAGGCUUAGGGCAUUUAUAUUUAAGUCAGGGUUCGAGGCUGAAGUUUUUCCAUUGCUCUGUGUCUUUGGACAAGGCACUAACAAUGUUUAUCUCACUCCGGUAUACUGCAGAUGGCAGUAACAGUAGGCCUACUUGUGAAUUAUUUGGAAUUGGUCUUUUACGAGUAAAGGAGGAUGACAUUGUACAAGUGAUCUAUAGAUGAAGAGCGAUGCGCUCACUAAAAUGAGUAUAAAAUAAAUUUCGAUGUUUUCUUUACAAUUUUAUAUCUGCGCCAAACAAAUUCCAAUGAAGUUCCUGACUAAUUAUAUCAUAUUUUAUGUAAAGAUGCAAGGAGUUAAUUAUUUAAUAAAUCUAAAGUAUUUUAAGAUUUCUACAAACAUUUUCUCAAAGAAAACUUUACUUUUAAACUUAAUACACCGCCCUCUAUUGGUAUCUGAAGUACUAACCGCACGAACAAGAUGCUGGCGAUAACUUCUUGUGUACAGGCAAUUAUAUAUCGGUGUCAAAUUUCAUGCCAACUUAGUUUUUUUCUACUCAGGCCACGUUCUGGUCAUUUUUAAGUGCAUAACAGUUUAGCUAACAUUAUUCGAAUGAUAGACUGAAUGUCCAAAUCUCCGUUUUGGACGCCUCCUGUGUCUGUUUUUAAACAUACAAGCAAGCGCAGGUGUGAGGUCACCAAGUCAUAGGGGUAACCAUUUUAGGAUGACAGGGGGCUCGUGAGCAUUAUUUUCAAUGUCAUGUUCCGUGAAUAUAUUACUUGGGCUCUUUGGGGAACCCCAGUUGUUGUUUAUGUUGUACCGCUAAUGUCAUUUUAAGUACUUGCUUAAUUAGGGCCACAUUGUAUGGUCAGGAAAUAUGCUAAUGUGUACCUGUCCCAUAAUAACUGUUCAGUGUUAAAGUUAAUCUGAGUAAAUUCAGUAGAAAUUUUAAAUUUAAAGAGAAUCGUCUUUACAUUAAGACUUAUUUGAAUCAAGUAACUUCUCAAUAGUAACAAGAAGCUUAACUUUGCAUACGGUAAUAUGUACAAGUUUCUUAACUGUUAACUGUUAGGUGUUAAAGUUAAUUUAAGUAAAUUUACUAGAAUUUUUUAAUUUAAAGAGAAAAUCGUCUUUACGUUAAGAAUUAUUUAAAUCAACUAACUUAUUAAGUUAAGUAUUGCAUACGAAAAUAUGCACAUAUUCCUUGACUGUUAAGUGGUAAAGUUGAUUUAAGUAAAUUCACUGGGAUUUUUAAAUUUGAAGAGGUUUUGGAAUUUGGAAAAUCGUCUUUACAUACAGAUAUUCUUUGAAUCGCGUAAUGCUAAACACAACUUCUCAAGUAUUUUAACGACGAGAUGUUGAAUAGCAUUUUCUGAGACUUCUUAAGGAAUUUUCUGUUUACAUUAUGAUGAUUACCAAUGGAUCUUUCCGCUAAGCCCCGCCCCUUGGAUAUUGUUGCUAAGGUCCCACAAGACGACAGCGUUAAAAGUUACGAGAACACGUGCGUUUGUGAGACGCGCGCGUAUUCCUAGCGCUGUUCUGAUUAGUCAGUUGUUAAGUUUGAUUGACACUCCGGAAAGGUGUAUUACAGUAAUUAUAAAGCAAAUGUUUAUAAAUGAAUCCAUUCCGACGAUGUAUUAGUGCUAUACCGUACGUCAACAUACACCGAUAAUCCAUCAAUCAAUAACUUAUAAAUGAUAUUCUCUUUAAAUAUAUUCUUAUUUAUAAAUGAUAAUUAUUUAUCUGUAAAUCGGUACGAUAUUAUUAUUAUUAUUAUUAGGCCCAAAUCAGUAUUUGUCGUUGAAAUCGAUAUUAUUCUUAUAAUUGGUAUUUGUCUUUAAUACCAAUAUUAUCUUUUAUUCGAUAUAUAAAUCUUGCUAGAUAUUUAUCAAUCGAUAAUCGUCUUUUAAAUUUAUAUUUACUGUGUUUUUUAUUGAUAUUUAUCUUUUACUCAGUAUUUGGUUUUCGAUGUAUCUUUUGUCUCAUUAUUAUUAUUUAUAGCGUUUAUAAAUAUUUAUCAUUAAGCUAUUUAUUUUUUUAAUGAUAGACCCUAUGUAUUUUGUAUCCAAUAUUUAUCUAUUAAUCGAUAUUUAUCUUUUAAUCGACAUAUUGAUUAUUAUUUUUCCCUUUGCCGUCUCAAAGGUAUGUUUGUUGCUUUGUGGCUGAAUGCGAUACUGUAUAAAUGUAAACUCUGGGGUCGACAUUUAAAGUUUUGCUGUUAAGAGAAUACCUUCACAGUGGUAACAAAGAUCUUAGGUGUUAAUCAUUGUGGAGAGGGGGGGGGGUUUGCUGCUGUGUGUGUCAGGGGUAAGUGUGUUCACGAUCGCUUGUGUGUCUUCACACGUAAACACGCGUGGACGUAUUUAUAAAAUUGGUUUAAACAGGGUUUGGCAAAAAGGUUAAUGCAUAUCUUUUUGAACGUAUUCAAAAAGCUUGUAAAUGAUUGUAAAAAGUACAGGGAAAUAGAUUAUUAAAAAAGUUGAAUAAAAAAAAUGAAAAGUUGAAAA